CUUCCGUUUGCCAUCUUACCUUUACUAAAGGAUCAGUGGUCUGUACAAAUAUCCAUGCAUCACUACAUCAAGAAUCAUAUAUGGCAUUGUCGCCUAAAGUAUUACUGGAUAGUCCUUCAGGGCUAAAACUGUUAGCUAUUGGGAAGAGUAUAUGUAUGACACUUGAUGUUAAUAAAACUGCUUUUAAUUGGAAGAAGGUUGGUGUUCCUAACCUAGUCAAAAAUAGGACAUAUCAUUCUCUAUCAGUUUGGAAUGAAAGUGCAACCAAUACUUGGAUUAUAAUGUUUGGAGGAGAUAGGACAGAUGACACUAAAAUCAGUGAAACUGUAUUCCUCAAUAUCACCUACAAUGAAGAUGGUGAUGUAUCUGCAAGGCCGUGCUCAUUGAGCCAGUAUCAGAAAGAAAUGGAAGAGAGAAGGAGACCAGUUGAACAAGACAUCAGUCAGAAAGGAGAAAGAGAAAGAAUAAUGGAAGAGAGACACCAGCAAGAGAUUCAACAAUUACACCUUCAAAUGGAAGAGAGAGAUCAACAGGCCAGGGAAAGAGAGAGAGAAAUGGAGAGACAACUUCAAGAAAUGGAGAGAAAAUCACGAGAAAAAGAAAGAGAGCUUCAAGAAAUGCAGGGAGAGUUACAAGAAAGAGAGAAACAACUUCAAGGACAAUUUCAAGAAAGAGAGAGACAGCAAAAGAGAACUGGACAAACGGAUAUUUGAAGAAUCAACUCGUCUUCAAAACCUUCAUCUUGCAACUACUUAUUGCAUUUUACUAAGACUAUUUAUUAUCUCUCUCUCUCUCUGAUUAUUCUCCUUUUUCUUUCUCUCUCAUUUUUA